AUGUCUUACACAUCCAAUCCUUUUGGUCUUUAUUAUUACCACUAUCCGGUUCCAAAAAUUGUGAAUGCAAACAGGACGGUUGACAUUUACGAGACGGACCUGUUUCAUAUAGUCUAUGAAAAACCGACAUGUAAUGAAAGUGAAAAAUAUAAAUUGACUCUAUCAGAGAAGGCAAAUGGUGAUUUCCGGGUAAAUAAUGAGGGAUACUUACUGAGUGAAUCAGGAAAAAUUACACCAGGUCGAUUUUGUUUGGAGCUAUUUUCCGAAUUAAAUUAUCAAAUUUUAGCAGUUGUUUGUUCUCCAGAACAAUUGGCAGUCCAACAAGAUGGCACAAAUAUAUUUUAUACGAUCGGCAUGAUGCUGUCACUACCAUUUUUGCUUAUAACGUUCCUAGUUUAUGCGCUUAUCAGAGACUUACGAAAUUUGCAUGGAAAAUCAUUAAUGUGUCAUGUAGCAACGCUAUUGGUGGCCUACAGCAGUCUAGUAGUUGAUCGAUUCGUAGGUGGUAUUGUUGGUACAUGGUGUAUUUGUCAAGCGUAUGCCAUUCAAUUCUCGUUAUUGGCAAGUUUUUUCUGGCUUAAUGUUAUAUGUUUUGAUAUAUGGAGGACUUUCAGUGGAUUUAGACCAUUAAGAGGAAAUAUAAGAGAGCACGAAGCGAAAAAGUUUAUUAUCUAUUCCAUUUAUGCGUGGGGAUGUACCUCAUUUAUUUCAAUAAUUACAUUUGGUAUGGAGAAUUUGUUAUUUUUACCUACUGAUGCGAUUCGUCCAGGAUUUGGAAUUAAGAGUUGUUGGUUUGGUUCUAAGUUAGCCAUGCUGAUAUAUUUUUAUGGUCCUAUGGGUAUUCUAUUAUUUAGUAAUCUAUUGAUGUUUAUUCACACGGCAAUAGUUAUUUUCAAACAUAUGAGAGUUGCUAAAGUACUUAGAGGAUCUGAAAGCCAAAAAAAUGUGGACCAUGAAAAACAAAGAUUCAUAUUGCAUUUGAAAUUACUCAUCGUCAUGGGUGUUAAUUGGUUAUCAAAAAUGCCAGAAAUUACAGCAGUGGCAACAGAUUCAAAUGGUUCUGAAUUUGUGUGGUAUGUCACAAACAUUGUAGAUUCUCUGCAAGGAGUGUUAAUUUUUUUAAUUUUUGUAUGUAAAAAACGUGUAUUAAAUUUAUUACGUAAAAAACUUUGUCCUCGAUUCCAACUUUUUAAGACAUCUACUAGUGUAUCUACUAGAACUACUCAACUAGAACUAGCUCCAAUGUAA